UAUUUGGUUCACAAGUUGUUUUGAUUUCUCUCCAGGCAGACAAAUUGCUGAAAGCACUGAAGGAACACUUCAAAAAUGAAGAUGAAAAUGAAAAUAAGGGCUCUGAAAAAAGUGCAUCUCCUUCCAUUGAAUCAGAUGAGCUGAGCAAUCGGGAGGAAAUUAUGCUGGAUUCAGUGUGUUUUGUUACAAAAAGACGUAGUAAAGAAAAGAAAAUAACCAGAAAAAAGAGCUCCAAUGAGGAAAGGAAUUCCAGUGAAGAAAAUCCAAGGCUUUCUGAUGAGGAGGUGGAGCAUUCUGAAAUGAAAGAAAACGAAGUGCCCCCGGGUGAGCAUGAGAAGGUGCAGAAGGUAUUAAAAAAUGAGGAACAAGUAACUAAAAAGAGAGCUACUAAGAACCCAGGGAUGGGUACUGAUCAGAAAGCACAACCAAAGACUUCCACUAGAAGUGGUGGAGAUGAACGUGAUGGUCAUCAUGCAGGAGGGAAGAUCCCUUUAUAUGCAGGCCGUGCAUCUAGGUCUGGGAAAGAAGGAAUAAAAGCUACUACACCAAACUUUAAAAAGUUGCAUGAGGCUCACUUCAAGAAAAUGGAAUCUAUCGCUGACUACCUUGAGAGGAAAAAAAAAGUGAUUGAAAACUGCAGCAGUUCCCUCAGCGAAGUCAAGAAACAGACCAGCAGCAAGGCAUUUUUAUUCAGCCCAAACCCAGAAAGAGACAGAUUCUCUGCCACGUGCACUCCUAGUAAUCUCUGGCGCUCACCACGGAGUUCUCUGAAUGCUGCCAAUCGAAGUAUUUUAUCUAGGAAAUCUUCAUUUAAUCCGUCUGUCCUUUCAACAACCAAAAUGAAUGUCAGGUUCUCAGAAGCCACAAAAGAUAAUGAGCAUAAACGGUCUCUUACCAAGACUCCAUCUAGAAUGUCUCCAUACUUGGAGGUCUGCACACCUGCUAGGCAGAAGAGCUGCAAACUGAUGAGUCAGAAAACCGGCAAGGGACAUGCAAGAAAUAACGAUCUGACUGCACCAAAGGUUGUCACCCCCUUCAAGUUCACAGCUCACGCUGCAGAACUCACAAGCGCCAAGAAGACAUUUGAUCUCAAAGCAAGUCUCUCGAGGCCGCUCCGGUAUCAGCCACACAAAGGACGACUAAAACCAUGGGGAGAAUUUAAAGAAAAUACUGUCCUAAAUAAGUCUGUCAGUAGCAACAUCUCUUCACGUAAGAAAGAUUACAAGCAGCCGCAUCUCCAGACAAGGGAAGAAAGGCGUGAGAAACAUGAGCAAGAGAGGAAAAAGAAAAAGGCUCAGGCUCUUGGAAACUGCAGAGGACUGUCUGUGGGUUAG